UGCGCCAAUGGGGCCGCCCGGCGCUGGCGCAGGUGAGCGGCCGCUCCCGCCACCGGUUCCGGCCUGGCCGCCAUGGAGUCCUUGGGCACCUGGGGCCCGGCGCAGGCAGCAGCCUGGCUCCGAGGGCUGGACGGGGCGGUGCAAGGCUACCCCUUUGAGACCUGGGGCCUGGCGGGGCCCGACCUGCUGGGGCUGUCAGCCGGGUCGCUGGAGGCGCUGGGUGUGCGGCGCCUGGGGCACCAGGAGCUACUGCUGGAGGCUGUGGAGCAGCUCUGUGCCCUGGACGCGGGGCUGGCGAGCACCAGCCUGCGGACGCUGACAGAGAGGCUGCGGGAGCUGGCGCAGGGCAUCCAGAGCUUGGUGCUGGGGGGGCUGCCGGCGGGGGCUGCCCCCCGGCCGCCCUCCCUCGCCCUUCUGGCUCGUGUCGUCGACCUGGUCAGGGCUGCCAAGGGGCUCUUCUCCUGGCUCAACAGGUACCUCUUCUCCACCCUCAACGACUUUUCAGCCAGCCAGGACAUCGUCCUGCUCUGCACCCAGCUGGCAGAGACACUGCAGGCGGACUGUCCUGCAGCCAAGAGGGACAGCCGGAUCCUGCAUAUUUGCCAGCACAUCGUGGGCAUCUGCGAGAGCAUCGUGGGCUGCAGCCCCCCGGCACUGCUGGACCGCAGGGCUGUGCUGCAGCGUGUGGUGCUGCAGGGCAGCCCCCCGAUGUCCCCUGACACCCUGACGCUGCCCCCUGGCUUGUGGGGGAGCCCUCCAGCAUCCCCUGACACCCUAAUGCUGCCAUCCAGCCCAUGGGGGCGCCCCCCAACGUCCCCUGACACUCUAACGCCACCCUCAGAGCCCCUGGGGAGCACCCCCCAACUCCUCACUGCCCCGCUGGGCCUCAAGAUCACCUCCACCACCUCCUGCCUGCACUUUGUGUCUGCGACUACCUCGGAGGCCCUGGAUGCCCACAGGGGCCUCAUCCUGCCUGGAGAUGAGAUCGUGCAGGUCAAUGAGCAGGUUGUGGUGGGUUGGACGCGUGUCAACCUGGCGAAGAAGCUGCUGGAGAAUGUGAGCAGAGUGACACUGGUGCUGAAGAAGAUCCCCCUUGACCUGCCCGGCUCACCCCAGUCUCCCAGGCAGCAGGUGAGUGAUCCCAGUGCUCCCAGUACAGCCCCAGUGCCGCAGGGAACCAGGCAGGGAUGCUUGGAGCUGGGGCAUCUCCCAUCACAUUGGUGGUCCCUAAAGCUCUGGGGGCCCAUGGCGGGACGUCACCUGGGGCUCACACUCCAUCCGCAGCUCCUGGAAGCAUUUUUGGAUGCCGCAGAUUCCACCAGCAGCAGAAGCAGUGAGUGCCCAGGCAGCCCUGUGUCCCUGACCUCCAGCGUUGCUGCUGCUGACUUUGACUCGGGGCCAGACUCUGCGCUGGACCCUGUCACGGACGAAGAGGCAGGAGAGGACAAGCAGAACUCGAGGCUGACCAGGGUGGCUGUGGGGGAGCUGCCGGAGCUGCCCAGCUAUGGUGCUGCAGAGGAGGUGGCGCAGGAGAGUGGUUCCCCGCUGGGCACCCUGCACUCUCUGGGCACCCUUGCUGCAGAGCUCAGCCCCAUGGCAGCCCCUGCUGAGGGGGCUGGGGGUGCAGACCCCAGCCAGCUCCCUCGGGAGGGCAGCCCCCAGGCAGGACGCAGACCAAAAGGAGUGGCAACUAGGCUGAGCCGCCGGCGCGUCUCGUGCCGGGACCUGGGCCGGGUGGACUGCGAUGGCUGGCUCCUUAAGAAGAAGGAUCAUGUGGGCUUCAUGGCCCAGAAGUGGAAGCGGUGCUGGUUUGUGCUGAAGGGCCACACGCUUUACUGGUACCACCACCCCAACGUGAGUGGGACAGCUGGGUGUCCUUGGGGUUCCUGUCCCCAGCACCGGCACGGGUGCUGGACACAGCUGCCUCCCUUGCAGGAUGAGAAGGCUGCAGGACUCAUCAAUGUGGCCACCUACGACCUGGAGAGCACAAGGGAGCAGAAGAAGAAAUACGUGUUCCAGCUCUGCCAUCAGAGGUACAAGCCCUUCAUCUUCGCUGCAGAAACACUGGCUGAUUUGAGCAUGUGGGUCAGUCACUUAAUAACAGCCAAAACAAAGUACACGCUGGCCCACCAGUCGGUCCCAGACAGGGAGGAAGACUGCUACAGUGAGACAGAAGCCGAGGACCCUGAUGAUGAGUCCCCCAGGCAUGGAUGUGACCUGCCAAGGAAAAGGUUGCAAAAUGCCCGGGAGAAAGCCCAGCUCCUCCCAGCUAGUGAGCCCGGCAGCCCCCAGCCCUGCGCAUCCGUGGAACCCAGUGGGGAGGACCUCGAGUGCCUGAUACAGUGCCUGAAGCAGGGCGGGGUGUCCCUCAUCGGGCGGCAGCAGGUCCUGACGCGGGAGCAGUGCCACAGGUCCUUCAUCCGGCGCAGCAAGAACCCCUACAUCAACGCGAAGGUGCACACGGUGCGGGCUCUGCAAAGCACGCUCAAGCAGGCGAAGCUGGUGGAGCUGCAGGCCCUGGAGCAGCUGCUCAGCGAUGCUGCGCUCACCUCAGAGAAGUUCACCCGCUGGAAGGAAGAGCACCAGGAGCUGUACCAGGAGCUGCAGGAGUGGUGGGCAGGGCGGCAGCGCCAGGACCAUGACAGGGAGCUUGGGGCUGAAUGUGGCCUCCCCCCAGAGGGGGCUGAACCCUGAACCCACCAAGCCUUCUCUGGCAGAGUUGCGGGAGCAGAGUGGGUGCUGUGCCCGCGCAGGGGUGUGUGCGGGACAUUGGUGACACUUCUGAAGGCUCAGCCCCCAGCAUGGACUUGCCACAGGAAAAGUGGCUUCUGCUCCAUCCCCGUCCCUGGGGUGGGACGCUGCACUGACAAGGCUGUUGUCUUUUCAAGGCUGUUUUGCCUUGCCUGCACGUUGGGAAAGGGGCUGCUGAGGACAUCUGAUAGACCAAGGCUGCAGAUCCCCAAUGGGCUUCAGCCUAUCCCUUACACUAACCUUCCAUCUCUCCACUUUUUUCCCCUCAAUCUCUCCAUUUUCCUCUCUCAUUACACUUCUGUCCUGCUUCCUAUCCUUCUCAUUCCCAAUAUCCCCUUUUCUAGCUCCUUGUGCCACACUUCUCUCUGUACGCCCCCUCAGCUGCCUCAGAAACCAGCUCCCAAAGUGCGAACAUCCAGCCCCUGCUCCUAAGCCUAAGGGGCCAGGACAGAAAGCUGGUGCUGGGCAUCACCUGCAGCUGGUGAGCUCCGGAACAGUGCCACCAACAUGGCAAUCCACCCUUGCUUUGCCACCUAAAACUUCAUCUGUGUACUGCCCCCUCAGGUGCCCCAGAAACCAGCUCCCAAAGUACGCACAUCAGCGCCUCUUGCUCUUCCUGAACAACCAAUGCAAAAGUGCUAACCUGAAAUAAAAAGGUUUCGUGUAAGGAUACCUACUGAUAGAUGUGCUGCUGAACCUCAACCCAUCCAGAAACUCACUGGAGAAGGAAAACUUUCAGCUGCUGUAAAUGUAAAAACUCGAACCAAAAAGCUCAGAGAGCUCAAAGCCAUCGAAAGGCUGAAGGAGCAGCAGAGGCCAAGAGCUGAAUGAGCUCCCUAAUGAGUGGCUGUGCCUCAGGUACACUGGGCCCCACCGCCCUCUCACAUUCCUUAGGGAAAGGGGAGGGGAAAACCAUCACCUGGGAUAAAGGCAGCUGGAGCACCCGCUGCACAUUUGCUCAUUUGCAGGAUGUUUAUGGCUGGUGAAGAGAAUAAACCAAGACAGCAACUUGUCUUCAAAGGA